UCUCGACCAAAACCCUAAACCCAAUACGAAGAGGCAACAAUGGAGGACGCUUGUAAUGACCAAAAAACACUCGAAACUCCUCUCGAUUGCAGCCCCAAACGAAACCAGCCUCUCUCCAAGAAUGCUCAAAAGAAGAUCCUAAAGCAACAAAAGUUCGAGGCCAAGAAGGCUGAGAAAAAGGCACUCAUCAAGGAACAGAAACAGAGACAGGCGGAGAGGAAGCGGAAAGAAUGGGAGGAAAAACUGGCGAGCCUGAGCGAAGAGGAGAAGCAAAAGCUGAUAGAGUCGAGAAAAGAAAUGAGAAAGGAGAGAAUGGAGAAGAGGUCGGAGGAGAGGGAGAGGAAGAUCGAGAAACUAACAAAAGCCAAAGAAAAUGGCCAAAAUAUCGUUAUUGAUCUUGAAUUCGCUCAUCUCAUGACUGAAAGUGAGAUCCAUAGCCUCGUUCAACAGAUUAUGUAUUGUUAUGCAGUUAAUGGGAGAUCUGCUUCUCCUGCUCACCUCUGGUUGACUGGAUGCCAAGGGGAUAUGGGAAGUCAAUUGCGAAGGCUUCCAGGAUUUGACAAGUGGAUUAUUGAGAAGGAAGACAGAUCUUACAUAGAAGCAUUGCAGGAUCAGAAGGAAAAUCUGGUCUAUCUUACAGCAGAUUCCGAAACUGUGCUGGAUGAGCUUGAUCCUAAGAAAAUUUAUAUUGUUGGUGGAUUAGUGGAUCGUAAUAGAUGGAAAGGGUUAACCAUGAAGAAAGCAGAAGAGCAGGGAAUCCAAACGGCAAAGCUCCCAAUAGGAAAUUACAUGAAGAUGUCAAGUUCUCAGGUCCUGACUGUGAACCAAGUGAUAGAGAUACUCCUCAGUUUCUCUGAGACUAAGGAUUGGAAGACUUCUUUCUUUCAAGUUAUUCCUCAGAGAAAAAGAUCUGAAGCUGAUUCAGAAGAAUAUCGAGCAGAGGACAGGGAAGUGAAUGAGGAGAAGAACGGUGAAUCUGAGAGGAAGAAGAAGUGCAUCGAAGUUCCUUCUGGUAACUAGUUUUGGCUUAAUACUGUCUUGCUUUGAUCUUUACCUAUGUUCCAUAACAUAGACUGCUUCCAGAAGAAAAAACAAUACAUAAAUUGAUUCUUCAGUUGAAGUUUUUGCAAUGUCUAUGUUCUUUUGAUGGUUCACGCAUGCUAGACCUUU